CAUAAAUUCUUUCAACGACUGACAGUUGAAGGGUUCACAUGUAGGUGAUAUUGUAGUGGGUGCGAUGGUAAGCUGUGAUACCACAUUCGUGCCCAAGCAUGUGGCGGGACAACACGCACCUGUCAAAUUCUCCGCCGCCAUAUUGUUGCCUUUGACGUUUGCUGUUGCGUUCGAAAAUCGGGUGCUCGGAUACACAUACCAGUUUUGUGUUUAGUGUAUGACAAUGUUUGUGUGCUGUGUGGUGUCGUUUUAGUGUACUGUGGUGCGGUGUGUGUUUAAUUUUAUAAAAAAUACUACGAACAGUACAAGAUACUUAUCUAGUCGACGUACUUUUAUAAAAAUGUUAAUACAGUUCCCUUGACUGAUAACUCUAUAGCUGGUGAGGGAAACAAAGAGAGAUAGAGAGGGACAGAAGACGAGAAAGAGUUUGAUUGCGAAGGAAUUUUAGAAGAAGAUACAGAGAUGGAUACUAAAAAUGAUGCACGUGGUGAUGACAUCGAAUUGAGUGUUCAAGGAGUUAGCAGCAAGCCUACCACUGUGGUCAAGUCCAAGUCUGACCUCCCUGAACGAGGGUCAUGGGGUAGUAAGCUAGAUUUUAUCCUCUCCGUCAUAGGUCUAGCCAUUGGUCUCGGCAAUGUGUGGCGUUUCCCUUACCUUUGCUACAAAAAUGGCGGUGGAGCAUUCCUCAUACCUUAUUUCCUUACGUUAUUCCUUGCUGGUAUUCCGAUGUUCUUCAUGGAACUGGCCAUGGGACAGAUGCUUACGAUCGGUGGUUUGGGAGUAUUCAAGAUUGCGCCGAUUUUCAAAGGUAUCGGUUAUGCAGCUGCAGUGAUGUCUUGUUGGAUGAACGUUUAUUACAUCGUGAUUCUUGCUUGGGCUAUUUUUUACUUCUUUAUGUCUAUGAGAGCAGAUGUCCCUUGGCGUUCAUGUGACAACUAUUGGAACACGGACACUUGUGUUAAUCCUUACGAUAGGAAGAACCUAACUUGCUGGUCCGAUUUCGACAUGACAACAUUCUGUACACUUAAUGGCAAGAAUGUCAGCAAAGCUAUCCUCUCCGAUCCCGUUAAGGAAUUCUGGGAACGUCGUGCACUUCAAAUUUCAAGCGGUAUCGAGCAUAUCGGUAAUAUCCGUUGGGAGCUCGCUGGGACACUUUUGCUAGUGUGGGUGCUUUGCUACUUCUGUAUUUGGAAGGGUGUCAGAUGGACUGGCAAAGUUGUCUACUUUACUGCUUUAUUCCCUUACUUCCUGUUAACCGUUUUGCUCAUAAGAGGUAUUACUCUACCCGGAGCAAUGGAGGGUAUAAAGUUCUACAUAAUGCCUAACAUGUCGAAACUUCUCGAGUCCGAAGUAUGGAUCGAUGCGGUCACACAGAUAUUCUUCUCAUAUGGUCUUGGAUUGGGGACGUUAGUGGCUUUGGGAAGUUACAAUAAGUUCACGAACAAUGUUUACAAGGACGCAUUGAUAGUGUGUUCAGUUAACUCGAGUACGUCAAUGUUUGCUGGUUUUGUGAUAUUCUCCGUAGUUGGUUUUAUGGCUCACGAACAGCAAAGACCCGUAGCGGAAGUUGCAGCAUCAGGACCAGGGCUAGCUUUCCUCGCUUAUCCAUCAGCAGUUCUCCAGCUCCCAGGAGCUCCACUCUGGUCGUGUCUGUUCUUCUUCAUGUUGCUCCUCAUAGGUCUUGACAGUCAGUUCUGCACUAUGGAAGGUUUCAUCACAGCUGUGAUUGACGAAUGGCCCAAACUCUUGAGAAGGAGAAAGGAAAUAUUCAUCGCUAUUACAUGUGUUAUAUCGUAUUUGGUCGGACUUUCUUGCAUUUCGGAGGGUGGAAUGUACGUUUUCCAAAUUUUAGACUCCUACGCCGUAUCUGGGUUCUGUUUACUUUUCUUGAUCUUCUUCGAAUGCGUCUCCAUAUCUUGGGCAUUUGGCGUGAACCGUUUCUACGAUGGUAUCAAAGAAAUGAUUGGGUACUAUCCCACAAUUUGGUGGAAGUUCUGUUGGGUUGGAUUCACUCCUGCUAUCUGUAUUAGCGUUUUCAUUUUCAACCUGGUGCAAUGGACUCCCAUCAAAUACAUGAACUAUGAGUACCCGUGGUGGUCACAUGCCUUCGGCUGGUUCACUGCGCUGUCCUCCAUGCUGUGCAUUCCCGGGUACAUGAUCUAUCUGUGGAGAGUGACUCCUGGAACUAACAUGGAGAAAUUCCACACGAUCGUUCGUAUACCCGAAGAUGUUCCCUCGCUACGCACAAAGAUGCAACAAGAGGAACAAGCCAAACACGGAAAAGCUUAAGAAAAACUUAACAUCUUUCGAUCUCGAUCGGGUAGAGAUUCGACAACGUGAGUAUUCAAAUGUAUCGAUGUGUCUGAGAGUACUUCAACGGAUAAAUAUUCGAAAGAUUCACGCACAAUUUUAUCAUUACCAAAAAAAAAAAAAUUGUGGCAUAUUACGUAGAUCGUUUACUUUAAGCGUGUUUAAUCUCUAGUGCAUAAAUGUAAUUUUUUAGGGUUAUAAUUCGUUUUUGUUAUUAAUAUUAUUUAUAAUUAGGUUUGUGUGUUUAAACGUUUAAAUCUCACCAAAUUUUUUGACAUUUCUUGGGUGCGACGCGAUGCGUUCAUGUAUGUUUGUACCUUACGCUAUAUUUUGAUAAUUUUAAUUAGUUUUAGUAUGAGAACUAAUGUUAACUAUAUUAUUGUCGUCUUCCAUGUAGUCAAUGCUUUAUAUAAUAAUACAUUAAAAUAUACACAUAUAUAAAUUAUUUUAUAACCGAUUAUAAUCAAUAAAUGAUUUUUUAUAUAAAUAUUCGACAAUUCCUAGUGAAAUUAAAAUACAUCAAUCAGUACUAUCAUUUGUAUCUGAUUUAAAUUUAAAUAUCGCAUAUUUAUUUAAAGAUAUAUUUUAAUCGUUAUUAUCCUGAAAGGAUUUAGAUUUAAGAUCAGAAAUGACUAUAAUUUUUAGAUUAGAUAUUUUAUUUUAUUUUUGAGUAAAACGCAACGAGACGCGGUCAUAUGUGUGGUGUUUUUGAAGUAAUAUUGUUAGAUUAAUCACUUUUAAAUCUUCUACUUUAAUAUAUAUAAUGAGAACUAUGUAUUCGAAAGCAUGUGCAUGUAACAUGUGUAUUACAAUAGUUAAUUUAUUAUUGUUUAUACGUCUUAUUAGACUUUGUUUACUAAUCUUUUGGUUCAGCUUUAAUAGUGUAAUAUACUUCAAGUAAUGUUUUAGUUUAUUUAAUGUCUUUAAAAAAACUUUCAAAGCUUAGAUCAAUUUCAAAAUUUAACGAUGAAACAAUUGUGUUCGAUCCGUGACCAAAAUUAUCAACAAUUUUAUAUACAAAAAAAAAUUUAAUAUCAAUCAAUGAAAAAUAUAACUAUAUACUGUAGAUUUUUUAUAUGAAAUAUCACAAUGUAUUGGCCUAAAUUAAUAAGUUAUUAUUUACAAAAUAUUUUAUCUAACAUUUACUAUAUAUCUGUCUUAAAUGUUUGUACCUUUAUAGAUCUGUAGAACGACAUAUAUUUAAUGCAAUUAUGGAAAUUAUUUGUAGUGGAAUGUGUGGAUUUCCAAAAAACUAAUCGUGUUCAAAUAAUUGUAUGUCUAUUAAUGUCUAUUUAAUGUCAAUUUCUAUUGUAUCUUUAAAAUUAGUAGUCUUUUAAGAUAAUAUAGCAAAUAUAUAAAAAAUGUUACAAAAAAAAUAUAUUUACUCUUCACGUAAUUAUAUGAAACGUUGCCAAAUUUUCAGUUAGAUAUUAUAUAAUGCCUGUAUGUUAUGUAAUCAUUAUAUCUCUAUAUACAAACAUAGCAAAUAUGUUCUAAACAUUUCUAGAUAUUUUUUGUCAUCGGUACAUGACUUUGAAAAUUAAUCUUAUCAAAUAAUAUCUACAGUCUAAUAUUAAUGUCGUAGUCGUUUGCUUGUUUAAGUAAAUUAUUAUAUUCGUAAAUCAAUAUUGUGCUUCCAUAUAUAUUUAAAUGUAGUUGUAAUAAACAUAUUUACUUAUUAUGUAUAUUAAGUUACAUAUCAAAAUGUACUUUAUUGCUUAGAUUUUUAAUAUCAUCUUGUAUUACAAAUAUUUGGGGAAUUCAAAUGUCUCUCAAUUUACUACCAAUAAUGGCAAAAUAUUUUCAAGAAACUAUGAUUGCAGUAUUAUAGUCCAAGAUAAACCAAGUAUUCAUUAUUAUUAUUAAUAUUAAGUUGUUUAGCCUUAUUCGUUAUUAUACAUGUCUACUUUCAACAUAAUAUCGAUACAAACCAAAAUUGUAUUUGAUUAUAUAUUGCAGACGUAUGUAUAUGCCAAAGAUUGUUAUGUGAAAUUUAGAUAUUAGUUUAUUUAUUUCAUUAAAUAGUAAAUUAAA